AUGGAUUGCGUCGCGUCGAUGAGGAAGGCGUGUGCCCGCACGAGAGUGAGGUGUUCGCGACAAAGGUGUUUGCGGCGGCGACGGGAACAGGGUUGUGGAGGCGACGCUAUAGCAACAGGAGUCGGUCAUGCCUCCUCGUUACUCUGGAGAUUGUUGUCGGAUAUCUGCUGUUUGUCCCAUGAGCACACCUCAGAGCUGCCUCACAUUGAGACAGGCCACACUGGAGAAAGUGAUGGACAAGAAAUGGGCGGAGAAGGAGGAGGUGAGAAUAGAGGGAAGAAGUGGAGAAUGGAGAGAAUGUUAAUGGUCAAAGAUGGAAAUGUAUGGAAGAGGAGGAGAAAGAGUGAAAGUAGGGGUGGAGAGCUAUUAAAUGCAGACAAUGGCUGUCUCAUUGUCCAUCGCAGCUCAUUCAAAGCUCUUCUUUCUCGCUCUCCCCACCUGACCAUCAAAUAAAUGUGUAUUUGCCACAUGCGUUGAAUACAACAGGUGUAGACGUUACAGUGAAAUGCUUACUUACAAGCCCUUAACCAACAAUGCAGUUUUUUAAAAUAAAGUUUUUUUUUUUUUUUGAUAAGUAAAAAAUAGAUAAGUAAAAAAAAAAAAAAACACAUUUUACAUUUUAGUCAUUUAGCAGAUGCUUUCAUCCAGAGCGACUUACAGUUAGUGAGUGCAUACAUUUUUCAUACUGGCCCCCCGUGGGAAACGAACCCACAACCCUGGCGUUGCAAGCGCCAUGCUCUACCAACUGAGCUACAGGGGACUAAAGAGCAGCAGUAAAAUAAAAUAACAGUAGGGAGGCUAUAUACACGGGGUUACCGGUAGAGUCAAUGUGCGUGUGUGGUAAUAUGUACAUGUGGGUAGAGUUAAAGUGACUAUGCAUAAAUAAUAAACAGAGUAGCAGCAGCGUAAAAGAGGGGGAUGGGGUGGGGACAAUGCAAAUAGUCUGGGUAGCCAUGACUAGCUAUUCAGGAGUCUUAUGGCUUGGGGGUAGAAGCUGUUAAGAAGCCUUUUGGACCUAGACUUGGCGCUCCGGUACCGCUUGCCGUGCGGUAGCAGAGAGAACAGUCUAUGACUAGGGUGGCUGGAGUCUUUGACAAUUUUUAGGACCUUCCUCUGACACCACCUGGUAUAGAGGUCCUGGAUGGCAGGAAGCUUGGCCCAAGUGAUGUACUGGGCCGUACGCACUAUCCUCUGUAGUGCCUUGCAGUCGGAGGCCAAGCAGUUGCCAUACCAGGCGGUGAUGCCUGCUAUGGACGAUCCAUAGUUAUAGUCAACGAUUGACAGCACGUAGACUAAUAACCGCUCAGUGUGUACUGUAGUUCAUAGGCCUCAUUCCUCCCCUCACCAGAGCAAGGUAUCAGUGAGAGACAGGAGGGUCUGGAUGAUGACGAGGCAUGGCAUCUGUCUGUAAUAAAGCCUGUGAUAAUGACAUGUAUUUUGUACCUCCGUCAUCCUCUGUCAGCUCAUUAUAUUUGAUCCAUUGGAAUGCCUCCGUGUGGAGUGUGUGUCACGAAGAGAGAUGGAGAUGGACCGGAGGCAUGGACGAGGUGUCAUCUGUCUCGAUUAAGGGAGAUUUAGUUGGAGAUGUGGAGACACAAAUGGAAGGAGAUCACAGCAUAAAUGGUGUUCGAUUGUAUUGAGCUGGUGGCACCGAGAGAGAGAGAGAGAGAGAAGUGUAAACUCGGAUAGUGUCUUCGAGAGGAGGAAGGGAAAAUAUUAUAUUGUAUUGAACUGAGGUUUAUGUAAUUUCAGUUAAUUUAUUGAGGAUACAGUUCAACUGUAACACAGAUGAUUGUAAACAAAUGAUAGGUGGUUUGUUAACUCUUUCUGGCACAGGAAGUGCAGAAUUUAAUUGUUUAGCAUAUGUGCUCAAGUUACUGUCUCCACAACUGCUUUUAAAUACUGUCUCCAGCAUAUGGUGAGGGUAUUUAUUCCUGGAUCUCCAUACAGACAGGCCCAUCUCAUUCAUCUUCCAGCCUUGCCUCUCUUCCACCACCACCACCCACCCCCCAGAACCUCCGAAGCCACUCUGCUCCACUAACUCAAACCAGCUUGCUGACUUAUUUUCGGACAUGUACUUUCGGAGCAUAGCGCUUAUGGGCAUUUGUGAUCUUACCUCCCCUAAAGGUCUAUCUCGGUCUCUCUCUCUCUGUCUGUGUCUUUUGUUAUGAUGGCAUUUCAUUUUCAAUUCAAAAAUAACAUUUAUUCAGUUGCAUUACAAGAUAGUUGUGAUUUGUAGAAGUACAGUAAUGAACCCACUCCGGAGGAGUUGGAAACAAUGUGUCAGUGCCAUCGGAGUUAUAAUAAAAUGAUUAGAUUAAGGGUUCCUAGCGUCCUGUAGCUAUUAAAUGCACUACUGUGUGGUGGGGUGUUGUAUUUCAGUGCAACGUAAGCUUUUUUCACAUGCUGUUUCAAAAGGCUUUGUCACUACUGGCCUUUGAAGGAGGAGUCUGCUUUCCAAGGGCUUUGCAAUUCAAAUGUUGGGGUUGAAGCCUGACCACCUCUGCCAGCCGUGCUAUCAUAUCAGUCAUUGGUUAAUAUGCCGUCACUCAAAAACCACUUAACCAAUGGCUAUCUCCUCUCCUGUUUUGAGACCCUUGCGCAUUACAGCUGCUGAGAGAGAAGACAUGAGGUUUCCUCAACCUAACUGAUGUUUUCUUUUCCCUGCCGUAAACACAAACAAAUAAUUAACGGUGCCUCUUACGGGAACGGGAACCACGCUCAGUUAGAGUAGAGCUUGCUGGGAGAUGGAGGGGGCGGGGACCAAGGUACUUUAGGAUGUUUAUGAGGUUCCCCAUGGGUCUUGUAUCCCAGAGUGGAAUGACUUCAACAUCUGAGCUGAGGAGACGCUACUGCUGUUAUUGUUUGGAUUAACUAGUGAGGAAAAGGGGGGCAUCAUGGCAGAACAUAGUUAAUGUUGCUGUUGUGACCCUACGCCAUCCAACUUCACCUACUACAGACAUGGCCAGUCACUAGUUAGCACAAUGUUGGGCAGCUCACGAGGAUGGGUUCUGUCUGACUAUGCACUAUAUUGCAAUUUCUGAGGUUUCUUGCAGUGACCCAAGCUUGGCCUGAACUGCCCAGAACAAGCUAGUUCCAGUCUGCAGUGUGUUCUCGGCACAUGAACCACUGUAACAGUGUUUUCCUUGGCAGAUGACUGCAACAGGGGUCAUUCAAACAGGGAUAACCUGUUGGUCAUUAAUCCAUCCACCUCCCCUGCUCUCCUGUUAAAAUUCCUGUUGCUGAAAUUACCCCCCACCUCUAACCCCCGUCAGUCUCCAGCCCCCUGCAGCCAGUCUGACCUAUUUAAUGGCCACUGUCUACAUCUCUCUCCAGGAGGGGUUAACAGCUCACUCUAGUAUAGAUGUGUGUUCAUGUGUGUCUCUUCUGGGGGGGAUAAUAAGUGUCAACUGUUAUGGUUGUACUCUUUUCCGUCCUAGUAAGGAUCCAACGCUAUUCAGUAAUAAAGAAUGUCAUCGUUAGCGGCUGAUACUGCUUGAGAAACCUCUGAACAGACAUGUUUGACGAACAACAUUUUCCAGCCAUGUGCCUUGUAGAGAUUUACUCUCAUAAUGGUGUCAUCAGUGGGAUCCAGCAGUAAUUAUAGGCUUUCAAAACGUGACAUUAAGUCCACCAGUGGAAGAAAGAAAAAGAAAGAGGUUUUGAGAGCCUGUGCGAAAGGGCUAGAGCUGGUGAGAGAGAUGGAAAGAAAGAGAGACACGCAACCAGGAGCACAUUCCGUAGUGCCCUGAUAGUUGCCAUGACGACCAUCUGCAUUAUUGUACUCCUUCAGCAGGGUGAGAUUCUGUGGAGAGAGGGAGAGAAAGGAGAACCACCAGAGCACUGUAAUGUACCUGCUUCUUUUUCAGGUCCAUAUGCUUCAUCCUGGUGAACGAUAGCUGUGAUCAUACAGUAGUGUCAGGAUUUGUAUGGGUUUAUUAUUUAAAUUCUGUGCCAUUUUUAGGCUCACACGAUCUGAAAGAAAAGAUGAUCUCUAAAGAGCUAUUCUAUUUUUUGAUGUGCUUGUAGUUAUAUAGUUGGCAUAUUUAGGUCGAGAGAAUACAUUAAAAUGAAGAUCAAUGAUUCUAUGCAGUCUAUUUCCUCAGCUGUGGUGCCAUCUCCCUCUCUCUUAGGCAUAGGUGACUAAUCAGCCAUUUUAUAACCAGUGUGUGUGUAGGUGUUCUAACAGUGACAGGACAAUGAUGUGUUAAGCCAAUAACGCUACCACCACCAUGUGCACUGAUGGUGUAUUUCUUUGUUGCCGUUAGCAAAAACAAGUGCCUGCAUUUGUUUCUCUGUGUGUGUGUGGUCAAUUGCAAUGUGUGCCCCAUUGUUGAGCAGUCUUAUUUUGUCGCUUUGACACAGCGGAGUAGUCGACACACAGGGUUGUCUCCAUUGAUACAGAUUUGUGGUGUAGGGGUGGUGGCCGGUGGCCAAACAGGUCAAACAGACCAGGCUUCCAGAUGGCCGUCUCUUGUUUUUAUUGCCCAUAGGACCAACAACCUGUCUGUCACCUAGCCUACUCCUGUCUUCUCUUCCUUCUUUCUCUCCGCUCCACUCUUUCAUCGAGACGGGGCGUUGGUCCUCUCCCAUCUGCCGUCUUUGCGUUGGACUGACUGCCACCUCAUUUGGAUGCUAAACACGUAGUGAUGAUGAGAGCCGUUCUAGGGUCUUCUAUUGGCUCGGAGCGCAGACUACACUGACGCUUGUUUAUGCUAAUACAACUGUCAGCUGGUUAAAUAACAUCACAGAGGAUUAAGCACAUGCUCAGAGCAUUCCAGUAGCUUGAUUAACUUGAUUGCCUGAAUGUAAUAUGAACAUGCUGUUUAAUCAAGAAGAUUAGCCAGAUUGUCCUUAGUAUUAAGAGACGUCCUUGUGAAAGAGGGGGAUAUCUAAGCAGGGACAGCUCCUACUUGAACACAAGCUACUAAUACGUGGCAGAAGUUGUGCUUGGAAAAGCUCAUCACAGACAACAGUGAGGCGAAAAUAAGUCAUUUUUCAUCAGUCUCCUCUCCCAGACUUAUUUUAGUGGAGGGGUCCUGGUCUGAAUGAGAGAAAUGUGUUGUUAAUCCUUCCAAGCCCUCCGGUAUUCCCCAGUGUCUCCCCAACGCUGUGCCGCACUCGCUCCAUCCCUCUGCUUCUCACACAGGAUUGAUGUACAGUCCACCCGACGUCCUGCCGCAGGGGAUUGUGGGAUAGUUUACAUUUUUUGUGAAGGACAGAUUGAUAGCCAGGGUGUGUAAGGGACAGGAACUUCCUCCAAGGGGAUUUGUUGUAGGAACUGUAGUGUUGUUGUGUCUGGGGGAAUUGUUAUGAGCACAGUAGAUACAUCUCUAAGUUAUGUGUGUGUAGAUUAAGGAGUUGCCCCAUUAUGCUUCAGAAUAGAGAAUUGAUCCCCUCAGGCUAAAUCUGCUGCAGAUCAAUACAUAUUUCUCCUGCUAUCUGUAUCGCUGUACUGUGGUGUUGACCUGACUCCUUUCCCUCCCUCCCUCCCUCCCUCCCUCCCUCCCUCCCUCCCUCCCUCCCUCCCUCCCUCCCUCCCUCCCUCCAGGUGAGGAGAGUCAGGAGCUGGGCCCCCCUCCCUCUGUGGACGAGGCAGCCAACACCCUGAUGACGCGCCUGGGCUUCCUACUGGGAGACAAGAUGAACGAGGGACAGCCCGGCUCACAGUAUGACAUGGACGACCACGACGACAACCAGGUAGGUUACACACACGCAUGCACACUACACACACACACACUACACACACACACAUACUACACACACCACAGUACAGUAAGAGCAUGCAUGAACACGACGACGGUCAGGUAGGUUACGCACCCUUCUGUCAUGCACUGUUACAAUAUGAUAUUAUUAGUUUGUCAAUACUUUUGAGUCUUUAAAGACCCAGCAUGACAUCAGGAUAAAAAGUAAAGGGUUUCCCCUAGAUCAGUGGUACUCCAAUAGUCGCCAGGUGGCCAACACACAAUGUCUGUGGUCCAGCUUAUAGGGGCCUCACAUCCAUAGAAGCACACCCCCAAACAGUGAGGUUUGCAGAUCACAUCCCAAGGCCUCUUAAGGAACCAAGGGGACCAUUUCGUAGAUUUUUUAAUUUGUUUAUGGCAAACUCAAUGGCCACUGACACCACUAUGCGCUGGCUCAGAAGAUGUUUGUGAAGAUGUGGUCUGUUUGUGAACAUCAAUCCUGUGAGUUAUGGAUAACCUAGCUUGGAGUCAGUGACGCUAGGCUCUCCUUCACUCCUGCAGAGCAGAACCAACGGACCGUGACACAGGGCAGGUGAGGGCCAGGGGAAGGUGACCCACUACCUCGGUCAUGAAAACUGCCCGCCGCAUGCCACAUCCUCUUGUCUAAGCAGUGUGCCUCCACAGAGGCCUAUCCAAUGGCAGAGCCAACGGUGCUGGAGCGACUCCCCCUUAAAGCCUGACCCACUUCUCCAAACUUCACACUUUGGGUGCAUCUUAACUAGUGCCUUCCAGCUCUGGUGUCCUGUCCUUCAUCUGCUCUGGCUCAUUUAGCUUUUAUCUGACUUUCUGAUCUGUUGAGAUGAGUGGAAGGAGACGAGGAGAAUAGAGGAAAGGAGAACUUGUUUAGACUAUUGAGAUGCACCCCUUGUUCUACACAGCUCAGAAUUGCAGUAUGCUUUUGGUUCGGCCCUUCGUGCCAAACUGCAGUGGUAACAAAAACCCAGCCCUGGUUUUCUCAAGUCCCAAUUUAGAGGCCUGCCACUCCCACGCACGCAGAUGCAGUCUGGGUAGGCUAGGUGGGAGGGAACCUCCCAUUCUAUAAUCAUGUCUAUGGAGCCUCCCUAAAGACAUCCAGCCUAGAAUCACAACAGAGUUGUUAUCAUGACCAAGGAGCAUUCCACACUUGGAUGCCAUCUGUCUUGCACCAAACCUGCCCUAAGAAGUCACUCACACCUCUGCUCAUAUCCUGGUCACCCGGCCACUUCUGUGUAUUUCUAUGCUAUUCUGACUAAUCUCCCGAUUUAUUUGCAAAUGACUAAUGUCCAAGUCAAUUCAUUUUUCAAUUAGAGCAAGGGCCAUGCAUAAUUGAUGAACAGAUUGGCUGGAAUAAGAAUCCAGCAUGCCCGGAGGUGGGCUUGCCUCUCUCUCUCCCUGCCCCUGCUCAGUAGAUCAAAGCACAACUGGAUCUAAUCUACUUCCGUGGCUCACAUUCAUUUAUUGAUAUUCUACUGAAUUAUAAUUCAUUAUGUUGCAAAAAAUUGUUCACUCAUGAAAAAAAAUUCAGGAGUCAUCAAAAUACAUAAACAACAGAUGACUCUACGGUUACACAUGCACUGGAAUAAUGUGACAGGCAAGGACUGUAUCAAUGAAAAAGAAUGCUAGGAUCAGCAAUCAUCUUGUCGGUCUAGGGUGUGUGUAGGCUACUAUGUACAUGUGUCAACUGGCUGUGCCUGAUCAUAAUUUAAUCAUGGCUAAUUUACCUGAUAAUUUCUCAUUGGCUGAUGCAGUCUGGUGUAUCACUGUACUUCAGUAUAGACCUGACCCUUCCUUCCUUCCUCCCUAUCUACCAGGGCAUGAUGUCAGUGACGCAGCGGAUCAGCCCCUGCUCCAGCCUGGCCAGCAGCACAGCCUCCCCCCCUGCAGGCAGCCCCUGCUCCACGCUGCCCCCCGGAGGGGCCCCCGGGAACCACGCCUCCAGAGACUGUGCCUAUGGCUCCAUCACCAGCCCCACCUCCACCCUGGAGAGCAGGGACAGCGGCAUCAUCGGUGAGGGACAGACGCUCAUUUAUUUUGUGGAAGUUAUGUUUCCAUAAAGCCAUGUUUUCUGUAGCAAUUUGAUGUAUUCUCUGAUGUUUUAAUUCUUUACAUUUUUGGAAAAGCCAGGUGAUGGGGUUAGCUGCAUUUAAAUAUGUCUGUUUUAUAUACUUAUUGGCUCUACUGUUGGGAGAUUUUCUUAUUGUUAUAACAUUUACUUUGAGGUCUGUAAUUGAAUGAAGAGUAAAUUCGCUCCAUGGGCCUUAAUCAGUUUGAAACUAAGCUCUAAAGUCUCUAAAGAACUGUAACACUGCAUAUAUUUGUCUAAACUACCUUUUAUCUGACAGCCACGCUGACCAGCUACUCUGAGAAUGCUGACCGGGGUGGGGGGAAGCACGGGGAGGGCUCGCGGGGUAGCCUGAAGCUGUGGCAGACCCAGAAGUGUUCGGGCACAGACUCGUUCCUGUACCGCGUGGAUGAGAACAUGGCUGCCUCCACCUACAGCCUGAACAAGAUCCCAGAGAGGAGCCUGGAUACGGCCCACUCUGCCCACUCCAUUCCCCUCUACCUCAUGCCCCGGCCCAACUCUGUGGCAGGUGAGUCACUGUGCCAGCCACGCCUCUUGUUGAUUUGUUUACCACAUUUAAUUUCACACUUUUAACUCAUAAUUAAUUGAAAAUCCUUAUAGGGUUUGGCUAUAUUACUUUCAUAAAUGUGUGAUAUCUAGUUAUCAAGUUGGAAUUGACCCCCAACUCAGCAUCCGACACUGACUGAAUGUUCCCACCUCAUUUUGGUGCUCUUAUUUACCCCACUGUGCCACUCAGACAUUAACUUUAAUGGGAAUAGGGUAAAACAUUCCUUCAGGGAGAGGAAAUCCCCACAGUGUUCAAACAUGUGUUUCCAAUGUCCUCUCUAUGUCAGGGCAUAUAAAAGCAGCAUAGCAAGCCAGUUAUAAAAAAAAGCCUGUAGCUCCUCACCUCUGACUUGGCCUAUCCAGUGGGAUGAAUGGAGCUGGGCUAGCAGUGUUUAAGGGAUUGCGGCGCUCGUAACGGGGUUUACGUUGUUUGGCGUCUUUUCUUUUGACUUCUGACACCUGCCCUCUAAGAGGCCACUGAGAGGAGUGAAGUGCAAACAAAGCUUAUUGAAGAGUCAGGGAAGAAAGCUGGGCAUGAUGGGAGAAUGGGGGAGGAGACUGAUAUAGGAGAGAGAAAGGGAAAGGAAUAGAGAUGCAAAGAGAGCUAGACAAACUGAUAGAGGAAUAAAGAGAGAUAGACAGAGAGAUAGACAAACUGAUAGAGGAAUAAAGAGAGAGACAGAGAGAUAGACAAACUGAUAGAGGAAUAAAGAGAGAUAGACAAACUGAUAGAGGAAUAAAGAGAGAUAGACAGAGAGAUAGACAAACUGAUAGAGGAAUAAAGAGAGAGACAGAGAGAUAGACAAACUGAUAGAGGAAUAAAGAGAGAUAGACAAACUGAUAGAGGAAUAAAGAGAGAUAGACAAACUGAUAGAGGAAUAAAGAGAGAUAGACAAACUGAUAGAGGAAUAAAGAGAGAUAGACAAACUGAUAGAGGAAUAAAGAGAGAUAGACAAACUGAUAGAGGAAUAAAGAGAGAGACAGAGAUAUAGACAAACUGAUAGAGGAAUAAAGAAAGAUAGACAAACUGAUAGAGGAAUAAAGAGAGAUAGACAAACUGAUAGAGGAAUAAAGAGGGAUAGACAAACUGAUAGAGGAAUAAAGAGAGAUAGACAGAGAGAUAGACAAACUGAUAGAGGAAUAAAGAGAGAUAGACAAACUGAUAGAGGAAUAAAGAGAGAUAGACAAACUGAUAGAGGAAUAAAGAGAGAGACAGAGAGAUAGACAAACUGAUAGAGGAAUAAAGAGGGAUAGACAAACUGAUAGAGGAAUAAAGAGAGACAGAGAGAUAGACAAACUGAUAGAGGAAUAAAGAGAGAAAGGGCUACCAACAGACAGAUAUAGGGGGGACACUGAUAAAAGGAGAAAGAGAAAAAAGAGAAACGGAUAUAGGAGAAUGUGUGGUAUAGAUUCCAGUCAUCAGGACGGUAAGAUGGAAGGAAUGAGCAAGAUUAGUUUAGUAGGGAGAGGGGAGUCUGAGUAAGAAAGAUGGAUAGAGAGAAGGAGAGAGAAGAAAAGGAGGGAGGAUGAACAGGGCAUGGAGAGGCUUGGCCCAGGCAGCACUGAAACAUCAAAGCCAUGGGCAUAGUCCCUCUGGUGACUGGGGGGAGGGAGAGAUGGAGAGAGGGAGUGAAUCACACAGAGAGAGAAAGAGAGAUAGAAAGAGGGAGGCACCCUGGUAAUUCCUGGUAAUGAGAAACUUGUCAGCAGAGUGAGAUAAAGAAGGGUGAAUGUUGGAGAGAACGAGUGCAGCGCCCCAAGCCCCCCACUGCAGCAUUCUCUCUGUUUACUGUGGGAGUAUAGGAAAUAAUAUGACCCACAAUCCUUUGGCCUUGGGGACUUUGUGGUGGUAGCUGGGGAAUAGGCCACCAAUGUUCCUCAUCCAAUUGGAGACAGUGUUCUGUUGGACGUCACCAAAAUUCAUGUAGGGAUAGAUGAUUGUUGUGAUUAUAUGUUCUGCCCAAUAUAACUCGGUCUCAGUCGAAUUGCAAGCCUAGAAGUGAUAAUGGGACAACUGUCAUGUCAAAUAUGACAAUAUGUCAGCUUAUAAACACAGCCCUAGCCUGUGGCAUCUUGUAAACUGGGAACAUUGUGAAAUUAUGGAAAGACUGUAUAGAGAGCUUUGAUCAUCACACACAAGCUACUGACAGGAGAGGAGAAGAGUGAUUCAGUGAGGGUCAUUGCUCAGAGGGAGCAAGGGAGCACUAGGUAGAGAUGUUCUGGUCUGCUGUCCUGCUACACGCCUCAGGAGCAGAGCAGGGGCAGCCACCCACACUGGGCUCUGAACGAGAGGCUCUCUGCUCUCACUCCAUAUAUCCUCUCUUUCUCUUUAUCUCUUUCUUUACCUCUACCUCGCUCCCUCCCCUUUCCCUCUAGCUCAUCUAUUUCUCUCCUCACCUCUCCUCUCUCUUGCCUUCCUCUUCCAACUACCUCCUCCUCCAUCUCUUCCUCCUGCCUCUUGCAUCUCCGUCUGCUCGCUUUCAUCCUAUGUAGUCAAGCUCACUUUCAAAAUGGCUCUGAUCUCCUGGUUCAAAUGCAAUAGAUGACUCCAACUGACAGAGAGGCUACCUUAUGAGCCUUGACAUUCUGUUCUGCAGAAAUGCACACCUCUCGCCCACUUUCCUUCUCUCUCUCUCUCACACCAGCACUUUUCUCACAUAGCAAUGACUAUUAAAAACACAUAACACACAAACCCAACUCCACCAAAGCAAAAUGUCCCCAAAAUGUCCCCAUAGCGCCACGUCAAGCCCUAUGAGCUAUGGCAGUGGCUACCCCCAUGGACAUUUAUCAUUGAUUAUGUUUUAAAUAUGUAUAUAUUAUUAUUUGUAUUAUUGUUUCAUUCACUUCACUUUUUGACCUGUACUGUUGGAGCUCUGAGCUUAAGAAUUUCACUGUACCCUGCAAUUAGAUCUGCGACCCCUGUGCAUGUGACUAAUAAACACAUCUAAAAUCUAAGUCUAAUACAGCUGCUCGCCCACACCAAGGUCCCCGCAAACCACCGUAAAUCUGAGAUCCCACUCGCCACACGCCUGCUACAGUUUUAGCUGUAUUGCAGUGGAAGGGUACUAGUCUGGGAGGGAUCCCUGUCAUAGGUAAAACAGAUCAGGGGUUGCAGUGUAGGUGAGUGGUGGAUAGAACUUAUUUUCUUUGAUUUAAUUGUUGUUAGCGCCAGCUAGCCCAGUGGUUCAGAACUUUGUGGUAUGCAGGAUUACACUAUUUUCCUGACAGGAAGGAAGGAGGAGCAUUGUGAGUCCCUCCCUGUAGCACAAGGUUAUCGCUGUCAUUCUCCAUAAAGCUCUUAUCCUAAUGCUAAAAACUCUUUACUGCAUUUAUCUUCCUACUCUUUUUUUGAGAGACAGUGUUUUUUGGGACAGCUGGAAGAGCUCCGGACUUGGGAAUAUUGUUAACAGAGAGGGAAAAACUAAACAAACUAUCUGGAAAAGGGGUCGUCCGAGGAAGGAAGUGUGUUUGGUGUGUAUGAGGUCACACACUUUCACACAGGCUCACACACACAUACACUCUACCACGCUAUAGUUACACACAUUAGUUCACAUUAGUCUUGGACUCUGACCGUUUAAAACACUUCUGUUUGCUUGGAGUUGGAUUUCAAAUGGUGCUGGUUUGUAGUGGAUCUCAAUGGUGAGGUAUGGAACUGAUAUGUUUAUCUAUUUCCAAGGGUGUCUGUUGUUAGCAUUAGCAAUUUAGCAUUCAGGUUUAGGCGGUUCAGUGAUUCCUUGCUUUGUUUGACUAACUCUGUUUUUCUUCCCUCUCAUCUGUUGCACCAAUUUACCUCUCACACACACACAUGCACACACAUUAGCCACGAGUUCGGCCCACCUGGAGGACCUGGCCUAUCUGGAUGAGCAGAGACACACUCCCCUGAGGACCUCCCUCAGGAUGCCCCGGCAGAACUCUGGGGCCGGGCGCUCCGGACACGACCUCAGAGGUAGGCCUCAUAUCACUCUGGGUGGGGGUGUGGGUGGAUUGGUGAGGUUGGAUAAGUGGGAGAGGGAGGGAGAAAAUCCAGAAAAACGCAUGUCAAAAAUGUUAGAAAUUGAUUUGCAUUUUAAUGAGGCAAAUAAGUAUUUGACCCCUCUGCAAAACAUGACUUAGUACUUGGUGGCAAAACCCUUGUUGGCAAUCACAGAGGUCAGACGUUUCUUGUAGUUGGAGGGAUUUUGUCCCGUGUUUUUGGGUCAUUGUCAUGCUGGAAUACCCAUCCACGACCCAUUUUCAAUGCCCUGGCUGAGGGAAGGAGGUUCUCACCCAAGAUUUGACGGUAUAUGGCCCCGUCCAUCGUCCCUUUGAUGCGGUGAAGUUGUCCUGUCCCCUUAGCAGAAAAACACCCCCAAAGCAUAAUGUUUCCACCUCCAUGUUUGACGGUGGGGAUGUUGUUCUUGGGGUCAUAGGCAGCAUUCCUCCUCCUCCAAACACGGCGAGUUGAGUUGAUGCCAAAGAUCUCCAUUUUGGUCUCAUCUGACCACAACACUUUCACCCAGUUCUCCUCUGAAUCAUUCAGAUGUUCAUUGGCAAACUUCAGACGGGCAUGUAUAUGUGCUUUCUUGAGCAGGGGGACCUUGCGGGCGCUGCAGGAUUUCAGUCCUUCACGGCGUAGUGUGUUACCAAUUGUUUUCUUGGUGACUAUGGUCCCAGCUGCCUUAAGAUCAUUGACAAUAUCCUCCCGUGUAGUUCUGGGCUGAUUCCUCACCGUUCUCAUGAUCAUUGCAGCUCCACGAGAUGAGAUCUUGCAUAGAGCCCCAGGCCGAGGGAGAUUGACAGUUAUUUUGUGUUUCUUCCAUUUGCGAAUAAUCGCGCCAACUGUUGUCACCUUCUCACCAAACUGCUUGGCGAUGGUCUUGUAGCCCAUUCCAGCCUUGUGUAGGUCUACAAUCUUGUCCCUGACAUCCUUGGAGAGCUCUUUGGUCUUGGCCAUGGUGGAGAGUUUGGAAUCUGAUUGAUUGAUUGCUUCUGUGGACAGGUGUCUUUUAUACAGGUAACAAACUGAGAUUAGGAGCACUCCCUUUAAGAGUGUGCUCCUAAUCUCAGCUCGUUACCUGUAUAAAAGACACCUGGGAGCCAGAAAUCUUUCUGAUUGAGAGGGUGUCAAAUACUUAUUUCCCUCAUUUUAAAAUGCAAAUCAAUUUAUAACAUUUCUUUGUCAGUGGGCAAACGUACAAAAUCAGCAGGGGAUCAAAUACUUUUUUCCCUCACUGUAAGUCAGUGUGUUAGUAAGUAUGAUUUGUGAGGUGAGUGGAUAUCUGUGUAGACAUACUUGGUGCACUGUCCCUCUAAACCCCUCUCCCUGCCUGGUAUUGGGUGAUGCAACCCUCCCUUUGGGCCUGGUACACCACACACACACACACACACACACACACACACACACACACACACACACACACACACACACACACACCCCCAGUACACCUUAAUCCGUCUCCCCUCCCAGAUCAAUGUUAUUGACUUUCCUCCUCACCACUCCCUGGCUCAUCUGUCACUGCAGGGGUCCUGUCUGAGGCCCCAUCACUCAUGGCCAAGGCUUUAUAAGGCUUAAAUCACACACACACUGAACACACACAUUGAACACGCACAAACACACACAAACAGACUUGCACAUGCACACACACAGAUACGCAGAUGUAUAAACACAAACGCACACACCCUAUCUUUCUACCUCCAAUUCUCCAUACUUCUCCCUCUCUGUAUUCCUCUCUCUCUCUAUUCCCUCUCUCUCUGACUGUAUUUUUAGCCCCCUGCCUGCCACACUACAAUGCUUACCACAGCACUUUCUCCCUAAGAUCAGACCACACCGGGAAUGAAAACUCAUACAGAGAUAUCGCGUUACCUUUGCCUUUCUUACUCAUGAGUACAGAACUACUGGACACGCACACACUCACAACCACGGCUCUGAGGCAUGGACAGAAAAAAUGGGGUCCAAGAACGAGCUCACAUGCAUUCAAAUAUGCUCACACGAUAUUUGUAUGUGUCUUAGGCUUCAUCCUAGGAUCAGGGAUGAAACGUUGGGUGUGGUUCUGCUCCCCACCACCCUGCUCCCUCCCUCCCUCUCACCAUCCCCUCUCCUCUGCUAGCUAGCUGCACCAACCCUCCCAUCCAUCUUCCCCUUUCUCCUCCCCCUCCCCUUCCAUCUCUCUCUCUCUCUCUCUCUCUCUCUCUCUCUCUCUCUCUCUCUCUCAUGCGUUGUCUCUCUCCUCUGUCCUCUGCCUCAGCUUCCGCUUACAGCCAUGCCUGGCAAUCUAACUCACGUAAGUGAUGCACCUCUCUUUCUCUUCUCCCCCUCCCUCCCAUUAUAAGGCAUUCUACUGUUCUACGUCAGUUAAUGCCACAUUAUAAUGAUGUGCUUGUUAAACUAGUGGUGCAUUCACAGUAGUGUUACUGUAUUAGUAGGAGUACAGAACAGUAUCCCUCUACUGCAAUAUGUUAUCUAAUCCCAUAUCCCCCACUCUGCUAACCAUAUGUACUUGUUAUAUACAGACAGUAUCUACCAUACACUUAGUAAUUCUGUUUCAUUAUGUAGUUCUUAAUAUGAAGCCCAAUGGUGGAGUUCACCCAUGGUGUCUUAUUUUGAUGAACAUCCCCCUCUAUGGGUGACGAGCUGACGUUGCACUGAGGAAAUCAGAAUGACAGUGCAGUGGACUCUACACAUCAAGUCCUGUGUCUUUUCCCUCACCUAUAAUCUGUACCCUUCCUCUCUCUCUCCAGUACGCUUUGCUCCCUACCGCCCCCCGGAUAUCGCCCUCAAGCCCCUCCUCUUCGAGGUGCCCAGCCUGACAGCUGACUCGCUCUUCACCGGGAGAGAGUGGCUCUUCCAGGAAGUGGACGCCCGUCUUCGCGGCGACGACUCGGCAGCCAAUCGAGGUGUGGUUGUCGUGGGCAACGUGGGCUUCGGCAAGACCGCCAUCAUCUCCCGCCUGGUGGCGCUCAGCUGCCAUGGCAACCGCAUGAGGCAGAUCGCCUCGGACAGCCCCCACGCCUCGCCCAAACGUACGCUUAUACUGUCCUACAGGAGUGUGUGUGUGUGUGUGUGUGAAACUAUGAUCCAUGCUGGCUGCUGCUAGAAGGGCCUGUUGUACUGGGUAUGUGUCUUAAGAUGCGUAUAAAAAGCAUCCUUGUGUGUGUGUAAAUAAUGCACACAGUAGAUGCACUCAACUUGAUCUAUAAACAUACUUCUCCCUCUUUCUUCUCUCUCUCUCUCUCUCUCUCUCUCUCUCUCUCUCUCUCUCUCUCUCUCUCUCUCUCUCUCUCUCUCUCUCUCUCUCUCUCCUCUCUCUCUCUCUCUCUCUCUCUCUCUCUCUCUCUCUCUCUCUCUCUCUCUCUCUCUCUCUCUCAGAUGGGGAGACCCUGCCCCUCACCCAGCACUCCCAUGGCACCCUGGGGGGCAGCUGCCCUGGCACCCCCGAGAUGAGGCGACGCCAGGAGGAGGCUUUACGGAGGCUCGCCUCACAGGUACAACACUACACCACCACACCACAGCUGCAUCUCAGUAGUCUUAAGUACCAUUCAAAACCACCCUGACCAGCUGGGUGAAUCGUUGCUCAGAGGUACAUGUCUGGUUUACACUGUAUUCUAUUUCUAUUUGAACGUUCUACAACGGUGUGCCCUACUGAACAUGGCCCGGAUUCAACAAAUAAACUGAUCAUUGAGACAUUGCUAAGGGGGAAGGUGUGUUGAUGCUGGUCUGAAAUCAAUGCCUGCACACCUGCUCCUUUGUUCUUCAGUGUCAGCAGCUCUUUCCUAUUUCCUGGUUUGCUAGCUGUCUCUGCCCUCUCACCUCCUUGUGGCCUUGUCCUCUCCCUGCUCACUCUAUUAUUCAUUCUCUCUCUCUGCUGCCGCUCUUCUCUCAUUCUCUCCAUUAUCGGCAUUCUGUUCUAUCUACAUCCUUUUAUCUCUCCUUUUCUCUCUCCAUGCUCUCUCUCUAUGUCCUUAACCCAUCCGCUCUAGCAACACUGAUGCUAAUGUCUUCCUUAAUUCACUUAGCACUCUCCCUCUUCCUCCGUCCACUGUCAACUCCUGCUAUCCAAUCUGGCUCUUCACUCCAUCUCUCUUUCUCUCUCUCUAUCUCUCUCUCCAUUCCAUUUUCAUGACUGCCGGUGUUGUGCAGAGGCAGCAGAAAAACAAAGGGAAGCUCUCUCUCUUUCCCCCCCCCCCCCCUCUCUCUCUUGCUGUCUCUCUCGUUCCCUCUGUCUCUCUGUGCUAUGACCUAAUGAAAUAUGCAUAGGCCCUGGGAGCAGUGUUCCAGCCGAGCCAUUAGAUCCCCUUAGCGUCCACAUGCAUUCUUAAUGACAGCCUGCUCCAGUGGUUGACCCACACACACACUACACACUACACUAGCACACACAAGCAUCACAAAUACUACACACAGACCACUUUUAGCUUCAGAUCCCUGUGGAUGUCAGUGGCCAGGAGCAUAUGGCUAUGAAUCUUUGUAUGACUUUUGGAGUGAAGCUCUCUAAUCUAGUCUGAAAUAUUCCUGAGGGAAGCUUUACGUUGGAGCCAGUCUGUGAAGCCUACUAGCUUUUCUCAGCACUCCCAAGUCCACUCUAUCCAAGGCGGUGCUGUAUUAAACCAUACAUUAAACUACAGAUCUAGGAUCAGACUGCCUAAACUUAUCCAACAGGGGGGUUAAAAAUGUACCAGCGGUAAGAGGCAACUUCUACCUUAUCUGUCUGCCAUAUCACCACCCCCAGGGUCUCAGUGCCAGUCAGCUCAUCUGACACACUACAGACAAACAAAGACCCGACAGUCACAACAAGCUACACAGCAGGCAUCACUCUUCAAUGAAUAAUGUAACAUGGUAUUGUUUUUCAACAGUGUUUUUUUUAAUGAAGCCUCAAUCUGUCGCUGGGCUUCAGUCCGCUCUAACUCUUGUCAUAAAGAUGAUAGUGGUUAGUUGGCACAGACUGUCACCUAGGCCUGUUUGGUUUGUGUUUUAUUUGAUUGUUACGUGCUGAAGAUUCAAGACAAAAUAUAUUUUUGUGGGUUGAUUUGCGCCCUCUUGUGGAUUCAGUUAAAUUGACCACUCUCUUUGGAGAUAUCUACAGUGAGGGGAAAAAAGUAUUUGAUCCCCUUCUGAUUUUGUACGUUUGCCCACUGACAAAGACAUGAUCAGUCUAUAAUUUUAAUGGUAGGUUUAUUUGAACAGUGAGAGACAGAAUAACAACAACAAAAAAUUCCAGAAAAACGCAUGUCAAAAAUGUUAUAAUUGAUUUGCAUUUUAAUGAGGGACAUAAGUAUUUGACCCCCUCUCAAUCAGAAAGAUUUCUGGCUCCCAGGUGUCUUUUUAUACAGGUAACGAGCUGAGAUUAGGAGCACACUCUUAAAGGGAGUGCUCCUAAUCUCAGUUUGUUACCUGUAUAAAAGACACCUGUCCACAGAAGCAAUCAAUCAAUCAAUCAGAUUCCAAACUCUCCACCAUGGCCAAGACCAAAGAGCUCUCCAAGGAUGUCAGGGACAAGAUUGUAGACCUACACAAGGCUGGAAUGGGCUACGAGACCAUCGCCAAGCAGCUUGGUGAGAAGGUGACAAGAGUUGGUGCGAUUAUUCGCAAAUGGAAGAAACACAAAAUAACUGUCAAUCUCCCUCGGCCUGGGGCUCCAUGCAAGAUCUCACCUCGUGGAGUUGCAAUGAUCAUGAGAACGGUGAGGAAUCAGCCCAGAACUACACGGGAGGAUCUUGUCAAUGAUCUCAAGGCAGCUGGGACCAUAGUCACCAAGAAAACAAUUGGUAACACACUACGCCAUGAAGGACUGAAAUCCUGCAGUGCCCGCAAGGUCCCCCUGCUCAAGAAAGCACAUAUACAGUCCCAUCUGAAGUUUGCCAAUGAACAUCUGAAUGAUUCAGAGGAGAACUGGGUGAAAGUGUUGUGGUCAGAUGAGACCAAAAUCAAGCUCUUUGGCAUCAACUCAACUCGCCGUGUUUGGAGGAGGAGGAAUGCUGCCUAUGACCCCAAUAACACCAUCCCCACCAUCAAACAUGGAGGUGGAAACAUUAUGCUUUGGGGGUGUUUUUUUGCUAAAGGGACAGGACAACUUCACUGCAUCAAAGGAACGAUGGACGGGGCCAUGUACCGUCAAAUCUUGGGUGAGAACCUCCUUCCCUCAGCCAGGGCAUUGAAAAUGGGUCGUGGAUGGGUAUUCCAGCAUGACAAUGACCCAAAACACACGGCCAAGGCAACAAAGGAGUGGCUCAAGAAGAAGCACAUUAAGGUCCUGGAGUGGCCUAGCCAGUCUCCAGAACUUAAUUCCAUAGAAAAUCUGUGGAGGGAGCUGAAGGUUCGAGUUGCCAAACGUCAGCCUCAAAACCUUAAUGACUUGGAGAAGAUCUGCAAAGUGGAGUGGGACAAAAUCCCUCCUGAGAUGUGUGCAAACCUGGUGGCCAACUACAAGAAACGUCUGACCUCUGUGAUUGCCAACAAGGGUUUUGCCACCAAGUACUAAGUCAUGUUUUGCAGAGGGGUCAAAUACUUAUUUCCCUCAUUAAAAUGCAAAUCAAUUUAUAACAUUUUUGACAUGCGUUUUUCUGGAUUUUUUUGUUGUUAUUCUGUCUCUCACUGUUCAAAUAAACCUACCAUUAAAAUUAUAGACUGAUCAUGUCUUUGUCAGUGGGCAAACGUACAAAAUCAGCAGGGGAUCAAAUACUUUUUUCUCUCACUGUAGAUAAAAUCUAAAAUAUAUUUUCAAUUUCAAUGGGAUCACCUAUAUAAAAUGAUUAUUUUUUUCUCCCCCUACCCCAUUCACCUCCACUCUCUAUCGCCCCCAGGUGGUGGCGUACCACUACUGCCAGGCGGACAACGCCUACACGUGCCUGGUGCCAGAGUUUGUCCACAACGUGGCGGCUCUGCUGUGCCGGGCGCCCCAGCUCAUGGCCUACAGGGAGCAGCUGCUGCGGGAGCCCCACCUGCAGACCACCCUCAGUCUGCGCUCCUGUGUCCAGGAUCCCCUCAAUGCCUUCAGGAGGGGCGUGCUGGAGCCCCUCGACAUCCUGCACAGAGGUCAGGGGGGUUCAAGGUUUUAUGGAACUGCAUAGGAGCUGUACAUUUGAUAACUUGUUAUUUUCUCUCAGGGUGUGGGCCAACUCCAUUCAUGUAUUCCAAAAAAAACUACAUAAAAUGUCCCAUCUCAGUAGCUAAUAGUUUAUUCUCUCCACUCCUUGUCCUGAUAAACAACCUUGUUGUCUUUGUGUUCAUCAGAGAGGAAGAUAGCAUGUGAGGAGGACCUGAUCAUCCUGGUAGACGGGCUGAAUGAGGCAGAGUUCCACAAGCCGGACUACGGCGACACCAUCACCUCCUUCCUGUGUAAGACCAUGGAACGCUUCCCUCCCUGGCUCAAACUGGUGGUCACCGUCAGGACCUCCCUACAGGAGAUCACACAUCCCCUCCCGUUCCACCGUAUCUCUCUUGACCGCCUUGAGGAGAAUGAUGCCAUAGACCAGGACCUGCAGGUAGGGUUCAGGUUCACACCAAACGAUCUGUCUGACAUCUUUACUGUCAGAUCAUCUCUCACUUCAACCUCAAUCAUUGUAGUAAAAGUAGGCAAUCACGAUUUAAAACGAUUAUCAUCAACUAUUGUGAUAAAAGCCCCCCACGAGUUAUCAUGAUGCUGAACUCCAUUCUCUUCCCGACCUGGCCUGCAGGGCUACCUGCUGCAGCGGAUCCAGGGUAGUGCUGAGAUCCAGAGCAACGUGUCUCUCAACGGGCGUUUGGACAACGCAGCCUUCGCCAAGCUGAGCACCCACCUCAAGGCCCUGAGCCGCGGCUCCUACCUCUACCUGAAGCUCACGCUGGACCUCAUCGAGAAGGGCUACCUGGUGCUCAAGAGCUCCAGCUUCAAGGUGAGUCGGUGUCCAGGUCAUGGAGCUGUAUACUGUAUGUCUCAAGGUUUCUGCUUGUGUUCCAUACUCUGCCUGUUUGUGUGUUUAUCUCUCUCUGUGAACGUUCAUAUGAUGUUUCGUUACAAAACUGACCCGAGGUGUUUCUCCAUGUCUCCCCCACAGGUGGUGCCGGUGAGCCUGGCUGAGGUGUACCUUCUGCAGCUCAACAUGCGUUUCCCCACCCAGUCGUCCUUUGAGCGUGCCCUCCCCCUGCUCAACGUGGCCGUGGCCUCCCUCCACCCCCUCACGGACGAGCAGGCAUACGGGGCGGUGAACGCUGGUGCCGUGCGAGGCCCCGCCCUGGACUGGGAGGACUUCCAGGGGAGACUGGAGCUGCUGUCGCCCUUCCUGGUGCGAAGGAGGGACGGAACGCGUAUGUUCACACACCCCUCCUUCAGGGAGUGGCUCAUCUGGAGGGAGGAUGGGGAGAAGACCAAGUUCCUCUGUGACCCGAGGUAGGGAGACACUGAUCCACUGAGAGGAACAAACGAGACCCUCUGCAAAGCCAGUGUGUACCUGGAACAUCAAUGUUUACAGCUUGAAUUUGUGGAGCUUUCUGUUCUUCUUUCUCAUUAAAUUCUCUCCCUCUCUCUACAUCUGUCUUUCUCCACUCUCACUCUUUUCUUCAUCCCUUCUUCUCCUCCUCUAUCUCUCUGUGACUGUAGGAGUGGCCACACGCUCCUGGCCUUCUGGUUCUCACGUCAGGAGGGCAAACUGAACCGGCAGCAGACCAUCGAGCUGGGCCACCACAUCCUCAAAGCACACAUCUUCAAGGUAACGACACACCACCACACAACUCAGCACACAAGCACACCUCCAACAUCUGGGUCUACAGCUUCUACCCACUGUGCAGUAACAUUGUUGUUGAAAUUACUGUUAUCUUCUCCACAGGGCCUGAGUAAGAAGGUUGGGGUCUCCUCGUCUGUCCUGCAGGGGCUGUGGGUCUCUUACAGCACAGAGGGGCUCUCCACUGCUCUGGCCUCACUGAGGAACCUCUACACACCCAACAUCAAGGUACUGGACACACACUCACACCAGCAGUGGCCUAACCAAAGCACUAUUGCAUUAGAUGUUUGGUGUAUUGGUUAUAUGUUUGACACUAGUCUCCUCCCUCUAGGUGAGCCGUUUGUUGGUCCUGGGCGGAGCCAAUGUUAACUACCGUUCGGAGGUUCUGCACAAUGCCCCAGUGCUAUGUGUCCACGCCCACCUGGGUUACGCUGAGACAGCCGGCCUGCUGCUGGAGAACGGAGCGCACGUAGACGGGGAGUCGGACAGCGGCCUCACCCCGCUGGGCUACGCCGCCGCCGCUGGACACCUGCCCAUUGUCACCGCGCUCUGCGCCUGCAAGGCCAAGGUCAGGAACCAACCACCACAACUGUGCAUACUGUCACUUUGGCCAUUGAGGUUUAUUACAACAGCAUUAUGAUGCAUUUACACAACACAAUAGAACUCUCUGCCAGCCAUGGUGUCACCUACUGGGCAAAACUUACCAAUAGGUAUUUUUGAACAGUGUCUGCGUGUGAUGUCUGUGUGUAUGCAUGUGUAUAGUGACCCUCUCUCUCUUCCUGUGUGUAGGUGGACCACCUCGACAGGAAGGGUCAGUGUGCGCUGGUGCACGCUGCACUGCGAGGACACCUGCAGGUGGUCAAGUUCCUGGUGCAGAGUGACUGGAACCCUGAUGGACAGCCCCAAGGAGCCUUCACCAAGAGUCAUGCUGUCCAGCAGGCCCUUAUAGCAGGGGCCAGCAUGGGAUACACAGAGGUACACCCACGUGCACACACACACACACACAAACACACAUACCGUACACACACUAAGUCUGAAUGUUGCCUCCUGUACAGAUCGCCUCUUACCUAUUGGACCUGCCAGAGAAGGACGAGGAGGAGGAGGAGCGAGCACAGAUCAACAACUUUGACACACUCUGGGGAGAGACUGGUACGUGUUAUUUUGGUGUGUUUGUGUAUGGCUAGGGCUGUUGUGGUGACCGUAUUACCGCGACACUGGCGGUCACCAGUCAUGAAGGCAGUCAAAUUCCACGUGACUGUUUAGUCACGGUAAUUAGGCUUCUCCAAGCUCUGAUGCUGCUGAUGGUCAUUAGCAGCCUACCAAACUUGCUAACUGCCUGGUACUCAGCACUCUUAUUGUCCCUCUAAUCAAAUCAAAUCAAAUCAAAUCAAAUCAAAUUUUAUUGGUCACAUGCGCCGAAUACAACAGGUGCAGACAUUACAGUGAAAUGCUUACUUACAGCCCUUAACCAACAGUGCAUUUGUUUUAAACAAAAAAAAGUAAGAAUAAAACAACAACAAAAAAAGUGUUGAGAAAAAAAGAGCAGAAGUAAAAUAAAGUGACAGUAGGGAGGCUAUAUAUACAGUAAAAUAAAGUGACAGUAGGGAGGCUAUAUAUACAGGGGGGUACCGUUGCAGAGUCAAUGUGCGGGGGCACCGGCUAGUUGAGGUAGUUGAGGUAAUAUGUACAUGUGGGUAGAGUUAAAGUGACUAUGCAUAAAUACUUAACAGAGUAGCAGCAGCGUAAAAAGGAUGGGGUGGGGGGGCAGUGCAAAUAGUCCGGGUAGCCAUGAUUAGCUGUUCAGGAGUCUUAUGGCUUGGGGGUAGAAGCUGUUGAGAAGUCUUUUGGACCUAGACUUGGCACUCCGGUACCGCUUGCCGUGCGGUAGCAGAGAGAACAGUCUAUGACUAGGGUGGCUGGAGUCUUUGACAAUUUUGAGGGCCUUCCUCUGACACCGCCUGGUAUAGAGGUCCUGGAUGGCAGGGAGCUUUGCCCCAGUGAUGUACUGGGCCGUACGCACUACCCUCUGUAGUGCCUUGCGGUCAGAGGCCAAGCAGUUGCCAUACCAGGCGGUGAUGCAACCAGUCAGGAUGCUCUCGAUGGUGCAGCUGUAGAAUUUUUUGAGGAUCUGAGGACCCAUGCCAAAUCUUUUUAGUCUCCUGAGGGGGGGAAUAGGCUUUGUCGUGCCCUCUUCACGACUGUCUUGGUGUGUUUGGACCAUGAUAGUUCGUUGGUGAUGUGGACACCAAGAAACUUGAAGCUCUCAACCUGUUCCACUACAGCCCCGUCGAUGAGACAUCAAUCACUCUGACAUCAAUGCAAAUGUAAUCGAAAAUCGAAUCAAACACUUAAUGAGAGCCCAUGAGCUCAUGUUGCGCAACAUUUCUAUACGCAAUGCAAUUGCGUGAGAAAACAGAGUGAUGACAACUCUUAAAAAGAGGAGGAUCCCAUCGGCCUACUAUAUUUAUUUCUCAACUUCCUUAAUAUUAAGGAAAUAUUAAGCACAUUGCUUAUCUUUACAACAGGAGUAUAGUCUACCUGGCUGGUGUUUCGAGACAGGCGCAUGAUAAUGGUCCAUUCUAAAUCAAAACAAAUUUCACACAUAUACAUUAUUUAGUAUAUGUAAAGACAAGAUUAAAUGAAGGAUAGUCUGAUGGGUGACAAUAUUACCGUAUCACUUGUGAAUUAUACAGUCGUGGUCAAAAGUUUUGAGAAUGACACAAGUAUUGGUCUUCACAAAGUUCGCUGCUUCAGUGUUAUGAGAUAUUUUUGUCAGAUGUUACUAUGGUAUACUGAAGUAUAAUUACAAGCAUUCCCUAAGUGUCAAAGGCUUUUAUUGACAAUUACAUUAAGUUUAUGCAAAGAGUCAAUAUUUGCAGUGUUGACCCUUCUUUUUCAAGAACUCUGUAAUCCGCCCUGGCAUGAUGUCAAUUAACUUCUGUGCCACAUCCUGACUGAUGGCAGCCCAUUCUUGCAUAAUCAAUGCUUGGAGUUUGUCAGAAUUUGUGGGUUUUGUUUGUCCACCCGCCUCUUGAGGAUCGACCACAAGUUCUCAAUGGGAUUAAGGUCUGAGGAGUUUCCUGGCCAUGGACCCAAAAUGUCGAUGUUUUGUUCCCAGAGCCACUUAGUUAUCACAUGCUGGAAAAGGCAUUGGUCGUCACCAAACUGUUCUUGGAUGGUUGGGAGUUGCUCUCGGAGGAUGUGUUGGUACCAUUCUUUAUUCAUGGCUGUGUUUUUAGGCAAAAUUGUGAGUGAGCCCACUCCCUUGGCUGAGAAGCAACCCCACACAUGAAUGGUCUCAGGAUGCUUUACUGUUGGAAUGACACAGGAUGAUGGUAGCGCUCACCUUAUCUUCUCCGGACAAGGUGUUUUCCGGAUGCCCCAAACAAUCGGAAAGGGGAUUCAUCAGAGAAAAUGACUAUACCCCAGUCCUCAGCAGUCCAAUCCCUGUACCUUUUGCAGAAUAUCAGUCUGUCCCUGAUGUUUUUCCUGGAGAGAAGUGGCUUUUUUGCUGCCCUUCUUGACACCAGGCCAUCCUCCAAAAGUCUUCGCCUCACUGUGCAUGCAGAUGCACUCACACCUGCCUGCUGCCAUUCCUGAGCAAGCUCUGCACUGGUGGUGCCCCGAUCCUGCAGCUGAAUCAACUUUAGGAGACGGUCCUGGCGCUUGCUGGACUUUCUUGGGCACCCUGACGCCUUCUUCACAACAGUUGAACCUCUCUCCUUGAAGUUCUUGAUGAUCCGAUAAAUGGUUGAUUUAGGUGCAAUCUUACUAGCAGCAAUAUCCUUGCCUGUGAAGCCCUUUUUGUGCAAAGCAAUGAUGACUGCACGUGUUUCCUUGCAGGUAACCAUGGUUAGCAGGGCUGAAAUGCAGUGGAAACGUUUUUUUGGGAUUAAGGUCAUUUUCAUGGAAAAGAGGGACUUUGCAAUUAAUUGUAUUUCAUCUGAUCACUCUUCAUGACAUUCUUGUCUGCUAAAUGAACUAGUGUAGCCCACAGCCAUAUGGCAUAGCCAGAUCAGGACCUAACAUAAGGACAACUCAGAGUAUGCUAUUCUGUUCUUCUGAAAUAGACUACAUUUUCUUCAUAUCAUGUUUCUUUAGACCUGUCUAAAAUAAAUAAUGGAUUUAUUGUGAAGGUGUAGGCUAUAUUAUAUGGAACAUCUACAUUUAAAAAAGUAUAAUAAAUCCAAUGGUCUGCAUCAGUGGCUUGUAGGCUAUGUGUGGAAGCCAGGAGAUGCUAAAUGUGUUUAUGUUAAUUAACAGUCAAUUACCGUGAGACCGACAGUUAUUUGCUUGACAAUCACCGGCUGACGAAAUUUUGUGACCGCCACAGCCCUAUGUAUGGCUGUGUCAGUCUGUCGAAUGCUUUUACCCUCACUGACCCUCGCUUCCCCCUCUCUCCCUGUAGCUCUGACGGCAGCAGCAGGCAGGGGGAAGCUGGAUGUGUGCAGGCUGCUGUUGGAACAGGGGGCAGCGGUGGGACAGCCUAACCGCCGGGGCAUCGUGCCUCUCUUCAGCGCUGUGCGCCAGGGACAUUGGCAGGUGGGUGGGAACUUUUGAAUUUCGCACACGUUAUUAUUUCAAGUCACAAAGCCAUACAACUUGAAUUUGAAAUAAAAAUAAAAUACAGUACUGGCAAUGAUAGAGCACUCAGCAAAAAAAGAAACUGUCAACUGCGUUUAUUUUCAGCAAACGUAACCUAUGUAAAUAUUUGUAUGGGGGGGGGUCAAAAUCAAAGGUAACAGUCAGUAUCUGAUGUGGCCACCAGCUGCAUUAAGUACUGCAGUGCAUCUCCUCCUCAUGGACUGCACCAGAUUUGCCAGUUCUUGCUGUGAGAUGUUACCCCACUCUUCCACCAAGGCACCUGCAAGUUCCCAGACAUUUCUGGGGGGAAUGGCCCUAGCCCUCACCCUUCGAUCCAACAGGUCCCAGACGUGCUCAAUGGGAUUGAGAUCUGGGCUCUUCACUGGCCAUGGCGGAACACUGACAUUCCUGUCUUGCAGGAAAUCACGCACAGAACGAGCAGUAUGGCUGGUGGCAUUGUCAUGCUGGAGGGUCAUGUCAGGAUGAGCCUGCAGGAAGGGUACCACAUGAGGGAGGAGGAUGUCUUCCCUGUAACGCACAGCGUUGAGAUUGCCUGCAAUGACAACAAGCUCAGUCCGAUGAUGCUGUGACACACCGCCCCAGACCGUGACGGACUCUCCACCUCCAAAUCGAUCCCGCUCCAGAGUACAGGCCUCAGUGUAACGCUCAUUCCUUCGACGAUAAACGCGAAUCCGACCAUCAGCCCUGGUGAGACAAAACCAUGACUCGUCAGUGAAGAGCACUUUUUGCCAGUCCUGUCUGGUCCAGCGACGGUGGGUUUGUGCCCAUAGGCGACAUUGGUGAUGUCUGGUGAGGACCUGCCUUACAACAGGCCUACAAGCCCUCAGUCCAGCCUCUUUCCAGCCUAUUGCGGACAGUCUGAGCACUGAUGGAGGGAUUGUGCGUUCCUGGUGUAACUCGGGCAGUUGUUGUUGCCAUCCUGUACCUGUCACGCAGGUGUGAUGUUCGGAUGUGCCGAUCCUGUGCAGGUGUUGUUACACGUGGUCUGCCACUGCGAGGACGAUCAGCUGUUCGUCCUGUCUCCCUGUAGCACUGUCUUAGGCGUCUCACAGUACGGACAUUGCAAUUUAUUGCCCUGGCCACAUCUGCAGUCCUCAUGCCUCCUUGCAGCAUGCCUAAGGCACGUUCACGCAGAUGAGCAGGGAUCCUGGGCAUCUUUCUUUAGGUGUUUUUCAGAGUCAGUAGAAAGGCCUCUUUAGUGUCCUAAGUUUUCAUAGCUGUGACCUUAAUUGCCUACCGUCUGUAAGCUGUUAGUGUCUUAACGACCGUUCCACAGGUGCAUGUUCAUUAAUUGUUUAUGGUUCAUUGAACAAGCAUGGGAAACAGUGUUUAAACCCUUUACAAUUAAGAUCUGUGAAGUUAUUUGGAUUUUUACGAAUUAUCUUUUUCAAAGACAGGGUGUUGAAAAAGGGCCGUUUCUUUUUUAGCUGAGUUUACAUACGAUCUUGUUUCUUCCUCCUCAGAUAGUCGACCUGCUGUUGAACCACGGAGCUGACGUCAACAUGGCAGACAAGCAGGGCCGCACGCCCCUCAUGAUGGCCUCCUCAGAGGGCCACCUCAGCACAGCAGAGUUCCUACUGGCACAAGGUCAGAGUUCAGUUCACCUUCAACAUCACCACCACCCACUCUACUACUCUCAUUGGUUCAGAGUACCUAGUGUAAAAGUGCAAAGGCAACUGCAAAAGUGUUGGUUUGACUUCCACAUGGGCAACAUGUAGCAAAGGCAUAAAGUAUGUUUAGUAUUUAGUAAUGGACAAAACAGCUGCUAAGUGGCCAUGUUAUGACCCUGGUUGCCAUGAAAACAUGACCUCUAACCCCCUCUUGUAGGUGCGUCUCUGGCCCUGAUGGACAAGGAGGGCCUGACUGCUCUGAGCUGGGCGUGUCUGAAGGGCCACCUGCCAUUGGUGCGUUGCCUGGUGGAGAGGGGCGCGGCCACCGCCCACGCCGAUAAGAGUGGACGCACCCCCCUGGACCUGGCCGCCUUCUACGGAGACUCAGAAGUGGUAAGUGGUCGCUGGUCACCACGUUGAUGACCUCCCCAUGGCAGUGCAGCACAGAGAUGGGUUUCACUUUUGUUGAUUGGAAUAAGUACCAAAAGGUAGAAUGCUCUUCUGCCCUUUCUCUCCUUCCUUUUUCCAUCAAAUUUUCCUCAUCCUUUAACUCCCAUCUUCCCUCUCUUAUUCCCCCGUCUGUCUCCAGGUGCAGUAUCUGGUGGACCACGGGGCGAUGAUAGAGCAUGUGGACUACAGUGGGAUGCGACCUCUGGACCGGGCCGUGGGCUGCAGGAACACCUCUGUGGUGGUGGCUCUGCUGAAGAAGGGAGCCAAGAUGGGUACGAAUUGACUAGAGAUCACUGGUCACACACACAGAGAUUUAAAAACACUGGUAUAUAGGACUGUCUGUUCUAAUUUUGCAAUAUUGUUCUACAUUAGCUUCAGUGGUUUAGCUACAACCUUAGUCAGUGAUAGUUAUUUUAAGUAUAGUGGUGUUUCCCCUCGGUUGGACUAUAGUGGCCAUUGACUCCUAGAAUGUUGUCAACUACUGCCUGAAUCUCUUCCCUAAGUGGUUUGGUGCUCCCCAAGGCUACUCCAUGCCUUCCUCCCCAGUCCCCACUAACCCCCUCCUCUGUUUCCACCAUGCUUAUAAUGGUGGAUGUGAGGCCCCUCCCUCUGCUCCUACUGCUGCUGGCAUUGCUGUUGCACCUUUUUUCUUUUGCUGACACACCUUUUUGGCCACAGCUUCUCACUUUUGCCUCUUUCUGUUAUUUUCUUCAUCUCACUCACUCCCUCCUCCCUACUCACUCACUUUUCACUUGUUCUCGCUCACCUUCACACACACUCUCUCUUUUGGUUUCCUCUUAUUGGGUUGGUUCCAUUACAUUUCCUCUCAUUUCACACACCUAACUCCCUUCUCUAACCUGUCACUCAUAACCCUGGCUCCGCCCCCUCUCCGUAAUCAGGAUAUCAGACUCUUCCCAGUCGACCCCGAGGUAACACACAGUUUGCCCUCUCUCUAUAUAUAUAUAUCUCUGCUCUCACUCUCUCACUCGCUCGUCCUCUUUUUUAACCCUCCUUUCUCUUUAUAUGUGGCCUUUGUGGUUUUGUGAAGUAAGCUAACCAUCCAAGUCAUCCACUGCCCGAUAAAAGAGAUUGUGACACAAACACCACAACAAGGCCCACAGUCCAUGCAUUCCCCCUGCUGGUGGGAAGCCAUAAAUGCAUAUGUGAACCCCCUCUGCUCUGGCAUGGCUUGUGCUUGCCUGUCCCCCCUACACAUAGCAUGCAGAAUAACACAGAAUAACUCUGGCUAAUAAUGAGGCAUUAUUGUGUAUUCAUGUUGGGUGAGAUUGGCAUUGGCACAUAAAUAAGUUGAUAGUUUUCUUUACUAGAGAUUAAAUUACUGAUUCUGUACUUGAGUCAGAUCCUUCCUGCACCAGGUAUGAGGUCAAUAUCUAUGUAUCCAUCUGUUAGCUGAGUGCUUAAAUGGACCCAUGCAGAGGCAAAGAAACCCCAAACCUGUCUGUCUCAGUAAGUCACGCCAUAUUUAUCUCGGGUACAGCUUCAUCGUCAUCUCGACCUCUCAACUGGUUUCGCUCCACUCCGAGGUGAAGUUGCCCCUACCUACAGAUCUAGGAUCAGUUUACUCUCUCCAAAUGCUAACUUAAACCAUUACUGGAGGGGAAAAACAAAACAGACCUUAGAUCAGCAUCUAGAGGCAACUUCAGCCUACUCCUUUGUCUGUCCUUCUCAUUGUCGGUCCCUUUUACUCUUGAGACACGCCACCGCUUCCUGUCAUCGCCACCCUCCUCCGGCCACUCCCCGUUACCCAUUAUGCCCCCUGCUGUCUUCCACCAGGUCCGGCCACCUGGGCCAUGGCCACCUCCAAACCCGACAUCAUGAUCGUCCUGCUCAGCAAGCUCAUAGAGGAAGGAGAUGGCUUCUACAAGGUCAGCCCUUCCUAGAAUAUAGCAAAUAGCACAGUGGUCAUUGAGGGUCACUGUUGUGGUGCCAAACCAUGCAAGUCUCUCUCCUUUCUGAGGGUUUUUUCUUCUACCCAUCCUGUAGAAAGGUAAAGUGAAGGAGGCUGCCCAGCGGUACCAGUACGCCUUAAAGAAGUUCCCCCGCGAGGGCUUCAGCGAGGACCUCAAGACCUUCAGAGAACUCAAGGUGUCCCUCCUCCUCAACCUGUCCCGCUGCCGGAGGAAAAUGAACGUGAGUGACACCCCACUGCACCACCUAAAUAACCUCCGUGUCCUCCUCUAUCCCCUCACCCCACCUGGCUGUGACUGGAGCUGCUUUUUUUUGCUUACACUCACAGCAUUACCAUCUGCAAGGUUUACCAAGACAUUACAAUACAAAAUAACGUUAUUAUCCCUCAUUGGGAUGUAUGCUUGUUCAUUGUGCUUACAAACAACGACCCAUACAAAAAUAUUUAGCACCUCUGAUCAUGAUAAAAUGAAAACAUGGAUUUAAGCAGUAUAAAAAUAUUGGUUUCCAAAAGUUGAUGACAGCAAUAUCAUUGUGCAACAAUGUACAGUAGAUCAGACUUCAUUUAUAGCUGAAGGUAAAUCUCCCUCACUCUAGGCUCAUCUAACCUAGGCCCAUAUCCCUGCAUCUUCCAUUCCCUCUUAUAGUUUGCUUUGUUUUGGUUUGUACCUCUGGUAACUUUAGAGAGGGUGCAAGGGGAGGUUGGUCUGGGUCAGGGCUAUAGUGUCCAGGCAAGGUUCUAAUGACAGAGCAGUGCAACAGCGGUUUCUGUGUGUGUGAAUGUGUGUUUGUCUUUUGUGUUUGUGUGUCUCUGAAAGUCUGUGUCCUUUGUGUGUUCAUAUCAAUGUUUUUAAUUGCUAAAUGUACAUGGUUUCGUCAUGGAGUCGUGUAUGGUCUCAUGUAUUGUGUCACCCAUUUGUCUUUCAGUUUUUUUCUUGGGUGUCUUCUGUCUGAACCCAAGUUUCCAUCGAUCUCAUCGACUCAGUUAUUCACUUCUGUAUUACUCUGUAUGGUUCUAUGUAUGACUGAGACAAGACUCCUGAAUGACUCUCAUAUGACUCGUUUUGACUCUGUACAUGGUUCUUUGUACAACUCAUCUAUAACCUUUUAUCCAUUCAUCUCUUGACUAAUUUUUGACUCACCUCUGCCUCAUGUAUGACUCACCUCUGACUCAUUUCUGACUCAUGUACCGAUCCACGCGUGGUUCUGUGAAUGACUGUCGGCCCUGUUGCUGUUGUUGCUUGCAGGACUUUGGGAUGGCUGAGGAGUUUGCUACCAAGGCGCUAGAGUUGAAAUCCAAAUCGUACGAGGCCUUUUACGCCAGAGCCCGCGCCAAGCGCAGCAGCAGGUAACCGUAGCGACGGGGAGUACAGGGAGGCGGAGGCCUAACACAGAGUGCGCUCAGCCUUAGGAUCCAAUUGGGCCCGCUCAUGUCACAUGAUCACCAGGUUUCCAAUGCGCUGUAGACAGAUGACUACAGGGGGACGUAAUAGAGCAAGGUUCAUGAGCAUUUUGGCCAUGUUUUUCACCCUAUGUCAUGUUCAUUGGUUUUUAUGUCUGCUUACACAUCAUGUAUCCCCUUAGUCCUAUGACUUGUUCAUUCUCCUGCUCAUAGUCAUGGCUCAUUUUUUGAUGUUUUAGCGUAAGACUACUUUGUCUGACUACUAUGUGAGGGCAAGUAGUUUGAGCAGUUGUGGUGUUGUCAUUUUGACCACAUGCUACUCCCUCACUGUCUUUGGUUUCAUGCUUUGUCAUGCUCAUCUGUGCCCACUCCACCUCUCCUGCUCCUCCCUCAUAAUGCGUUCUCUUCUUUCUCAAUCCCCCUCUUUUCUCUCUUGAUAUUCCUCUCUUCACCUCCUUGUGUAUCCACCUCACAGGCAGUUCCAUGCAGCCCUGGAGGACCUGAAUGAGGCCACCCUCCUUUGCCCCAACAACCGGGAGAUCCAGCGCCUGCUGCAGAGGGUGGAGGAGGAGUGUCUUCAGUUCGAGGAGCAACAGGAGCUGGACCCUCCCCCGUCCCCGCCUAGAGAGCAGGCCCCGCCCCCUCCCCAGUCCCUGAUGCCCCGCCUGGAGGACAUGGAGCCAGUGCAGGACCUGUUUGAAGAGGACAACCUGGAGCAGGACCUGGAGAGCCUCCCCAUGGGCAUGGCUCCUGAGCCCCGCUCCAGCCCCUCUGGCCUGCCCCUCAUCCAGAGCCUGCCCCCCUCCCCCGGCCACCGCAACUCGCCCUACCUCUCCGGAGGCCCCUCCAUGGGCCAGGCUUUCGAGCUGCACCCCAGCCCCCAUUCCAUGUCCUCCCCCACGCGCCAAGGCUACCAGUCCACCUCCCCGUCACUUUCCCCGACGCACCAGAGCUCCCACUACCGGCCCAGCCCCCCGCACACCUCCCCAGCCCACCAGGCUUCCUCUACGUCGUACAACUUCAGCCCACCACCUUCGCCUCUCCGCCGGGGGCCCCAGUACCGCGCCAGCCCCACCUCAGAGAGCGGAGGAGGUCUGUACCGGCCGCAGUCGGCCUCAGCCCGCUACCAGUCAGAGCAGAUACCUGGCCGGCCCAAGUCUCCGCUAUCCAAGAUGAGCAGCCAGCGCUCCUUCCAGCUUCCCUCUCAGCAGCAGCCUCCCCAGCAGGGACAGUGGCUGCAGCCUGCCAAGGCCCAGAUAGUACGCACCAACCAGCCCAGCUCCGCCGUGCACUCCAGUGCUGUGCUGGGCACCAGUGCCUACAGCCAGAUGGCCCACUCCAUGAGCACCCGCCUCCCCCCCGACCUGGUCGAGCUGGGGGACGGGGUGAAUAUAUACCCCAGUGCCCUGGAGGGGAGGCCCACGCUGCAGGUGCAGGCCAGCCUCGGUGCAGGAGCACUGUACCAACAUGGUGGCAUCGGUGGGAUCCAGAUGGUCCCCAUGGAGGACGAGCUUCCCCAGCGGCCUUCCUCAGCUUACCGGCCUGGAGGUCCGCGCUACGGCCAGGCCCCCCAGAUCAGCCGCAGCCAGUCGGCAGCGUACUACCCUGUCUCACCUCAGAUGGAGAUGGAGAUAGAGAUGGAGCACCAGGCAGCACUGGGAUCACCAGAGAACCCCCACGGCCUGCGCCGACCUGUCAGUGCCACCAGCGCAGAGCCAAAGCAACACGCACCCACUCCCCGGCCUCUCAUGCACUCCCAGAGUGUAGGCCUCCGCUUCUCCCCCUCCAACACCAGCCUGGGUGGGGUCUCCGCAGCUAAUCUAGCCCCAGGCUUCCGGGGCUCCACCUCGGCCCAGCAGAUGGAAAUCCCUUUACAACUGUCAUAUGAGGAUGGUAGUGUUUACUGCGACGACCUCUCGCCUGUCUCCCCACCGCAGGGCAGCGACAUAAGGGUGGUGGGAGGGACGUACCCAGACAAGGCACUCCGCUCCAGAAACACACCUUUCAUGGGCGUUGUCGACAAGACAGCGCGAACUCACCAGUACCUGCCACAGCCACCGCAACCGCAGACAAUAGGGCGCUCCUGGGCCAUCUCUUCCCUGGACACGGUGGUGACCAGCCCCGCCACGUCUCCAGGGAACAUGGGCCCUCAGCAUGGCUACAGCCAACAGCCCAGCCUGGGACACAUCGCCUACUACAACCGCACCAACAAUGCCCACAAUGGACACCUCCUGGACAAUGACUACUACCAGCCGCCAGCUAACGGCUCGCGGGACGUCAUGGGCCGCGUGAGCCAGGCACCCACCUACCCAGACGUCAAGGUGGCCCGGACGCUGCCUGUGGCCCAGGCCUACCAGGACAGCGAGUACAUGCAGCACUCCAGGGACAGGCAGGGCCCCACGUCCCCUAUCAAACCAAAGAGACCUUUCGUGGAGUCAAACGUGUAG